AUGCCCUCUAAAGUCCUUUCGUCUUGGAAGCGUGCUCCAAGAGCAGAGCUCGAUGAGGUUCCAACUGCAAACAUACCGACAAAUCCAAUACCAGAAGAUUUCGAUGCCGAUAAAAUCUUUGACUCCGUCGCGGCGAGCCUUCCACGAUUGAAGGCCGAGCAACUCGAUGACCAAGCUUUCUGGAGAGACAUUCUCGCGCUGACUGGGACAUGGCGUCACCUCCAUGGUUCAUCGCGAGUCGCAUUGAAAUGGAACGAAUUGGUAGCCCUUCGCCAGCUUUCCAACUUCGCCUAUGUUCGUGGGAGCGCACAUGCGGCCAGGAUUGGCAGUGGAGGAUUUGUUCCCGGACGCUUCACAUUCGAUAUUGGAGGAGAUUGGACUGGAACUGGAUCUGCGAUCGUGGCGCUUUAUCCUGACAGUAAUGGGGAUUGGAAAAUCUGGUUCCUGUCCACCUUUCUUGAGUCAGUAGACGGACUUGGCAGUCCAGAUGUUUUGGAGCCGGUCGUGCAGACGGAUGGCUCGAUCACAAACGGCCAUCAUGCGAACGGUGUCCGGGAAGACACGGCGUCUAGCAAUGGUGUCAACGGGCAUCAUAGUCUCGAGGAAUUUGAUGUGGCCAUCGUCGGAGCUGGCCAGGGUGGUUUAUCGACACUUGGACGAUUCAAAGCAAUCGGCUUGAAAGCUCUGGCAAUCGAGAGCCAUGACACCAUCGGCGGUAACUGGACGUCACGCUACGAUGGAGUCAAGCUACAUACUAGCAGAUACUACUCGAACUUUCCAUUCGGCAAACACUUCAAUAGCGAGGAGUUGCCGUAUUACCUGCGACCUCAAGACCUGGCUCGUGGAUUCCAGCAGUAUGUUGCCGAUUAUGGCCUUGAUGUUAGGCUUUCCUCCAAAGUCGAAUCUGCGACGUGGGACGAGGAGACACAGAGGUGGACUGUGACUGUAAAUACUGAAAACGAGAAGUGGUCCUUGAGAGCAAAACACAUUGUUUUCGCCAUUGGCACAGUAGGAGCGUUUCCAGCCCGGCCAGAGAUCCCCUCCGAGGAGUCUUAUCGGGGCACAGCAGUGCACUCGACCGCGUUCAAGAAUGCCAUUCCCUGGGCUGGCAAGAAGGGCAUUGUAGUCGGAACAGGAAACACUGCACACGAUGUCGCGGAAGAUAUGGUGGACUCCGGCUUAACAUCAGUGACCAUGACGCAGCGGACUCGCACCAUGGUCAUCCCGAUGCAAGUCUUCAAGCCACUUCACAGUCGCUUAUAUCAUGCCGAUGCCGACCUCGCCAGCUCUGAUAGAGCCGAAUGGGGCCUGCCGUUCCCAGUCCAAGGCGCAGUCUCGAAGACUCUGUUCGAGCACUGGAGAAAAACAGAUCCAGCAUUAUACGACGAUCUCGAAAGCCAAGGCUUCAAAACGGAAAUCCCAAAUCUGGUCACGAUUCACAACCGCUCUGGUGGUCAUUAUAUUGAUGUCGGAGCGGCGCAGAAGAUCAUCGAUGGGAAGAUACACAUGAAGAAUGGCUUGAUCUCCAGUUUCACGCCGCACGGGUUGCGCUUCAAAGAUGGCAGCGAGAUAGAGGCCGAUCUGAUCGUGUUUGCUACAGGGUUUAACGUCAAUAUUCGGAACCAAGUAGCUGCAAUUGUCGGGAACGAAAUCGGCGAGCUGUUAGAGGAUAGUGGUGGCUUCGACCUCGAUGGAGAGCUUCGUGGUGGAUGGAAACCUCAAGGCCAUCCCAAACUAUGGUACACAGCGGGAGAAUUUGGGCAGUGCAGAUUCUACUCCCGAUUCCUGGCUUUGCAAAUCAAGGCGGACAUCGAGGGUAGGCGAUUUCAAGAGUGGAAAGAAUGA